ACGCGGUGAAGCGGUGAUCCGGCAGGAGAAAAGGACGCGCGAACAAGGUCAUCUUCGCCCUCUCCCGGCUCGUGUCCAACCUUGGCAAUCCGAUCGGUAGCAAAUAAAGGACGAACGCUCUUAUCAUUCAGCUGGACUCGCUCUAUUUGUAUUCCCAACAGGUGUAAUUAUCAACUGAAGAUGUCUUCUCCUGUAAAAGUACCUUCUUCUCAUCAGCUUUCUGCAGCUGAAGAAGUAUGUUUGUUGGAUCAUCUUGGUGCGUUGGAUAUUGAUUCUGCACCUAUUUACCCCAGGCUCACAAACAUCAUUUGUACUAUUGGGCCAGCAUCUCGAGAAGUUGGAACUUUAAUGCAAAUGAUCAAUGCCGGUAUGAAUAUCGUAAGAUUGAAUUUCUCUCAUGGAACGUACGAUUAUCAUGCUGGAACCAUAAAGAAUGCACGAGAGGCCAUUAGCAAUAUUGCCAAAGAGGAAGGCUUAGCUUCUUAUCCUGUAGCUAUUGCACUAGACACUAAGGGACCUGAAAUACGAACUGGAUUACUUGAAGGGGGUCCUAGUGCAGAAGUUGAGAUGGUUAAAGGAAAAAUGGUAAAGGUGACCACUGAUGAUGCUUAUAUAGAAAAGUGUUCUGCUGAAGUGAUACAUGUUGAUUAUAAAAACAUAACUAAAGUUGUCGUUCCGGGAAGCAGAAUCUAUGUAGAUGAUGGCUUAAUUUCCUUGGUGGUCAAAUCAAUCGGAUCAAAUAGCGUUGAAUGUGAAGUUGAGAAUGGUGGUAUGCUUGGUAGCAAGAAGGGUUGCAAUUUACCUGGUGCUGAAGUAGAUCUGCCUGCUGUAUCUGAAAAAGAUAAACAAGAUCUUCUCUUUGGUGUUGAACAAGAUGUGGAUAUGGUAUUUGCUUCUUUUAUUAGGAAUGCCAAAGGAGUGAAAGAAAUUCGAGAAAUAUUAGGAGAGAAGGGGAAACAUAUUAAGAUCAUUCCAAAAAUUGAAAAUCAUGAAGGUGUGAAAAAGAUUGAUGAAAUUAUUGAUGUGUCUGAUGGUAUUAUGGUAGCUCGUGGAGAUUUAGGUAUUGAAAUUCCUACUGAAAAAGUAUUUUUAGCUCAGAAAAUGAUGAUUGCUAAAUGCAAUAUUGCUGGCAAACCUGUUAUCUGUGCAACUCAGAUGUUGGAAAGUAUGGUGAAAAAACCUAGGCCAACCAGAGCUGAGAGCUCUGAUGUUGCCAAUGCUGUCCUGGAUGGUGCAGAUUGUGUGAUGCUGUCUGGAGAGACAGCUAAAGGUGAAUAUCCAGUGGCUGCUGUCCAAGUGAUGCAUGCUAUAUGCCGUGAAGCAGAAGCAGCUGUUUUCCAUAGAAAUGUGUUCAGUGAUUUAAUGUUGAAAACUACUAUUCCCACUGAUGCCACAUUAUCUGUAGCAAUUGCUGCUGUAAAUGCAGCCAUGAAGAGCUUAGCCUCUGCCAUCAUUGUUCUCACUACAACUGGAAGAACUGCCCACAUGAUUUCAAAGUAUAGACCAAGAUGUCCUAUCAUCGCUAUUUCCAGAGUUAGCUUAACGACUAGGCAAGCUAAGUUGUAUAGAGGCAUUGAUGGUAUCCAUUUCACUGCUGAGAGGUUAUCAGAGUGGACCCAAGAUGUUGAUAGCCGCAUUCAGUGUGCCGUGGAUUAUGGUAAAAAGAAACUUUACCUCAAAAGUGGUGACACAAUAGUCAUUGUCACUGGAUGGCGCAAAGGUGCAGGAGCUACUAAUACCAUGCGCAUCAUCACUUUGCCAUAAAAGAAUACUCAUCUCAAUGUCCUGUUUUUUUGUGCUGCUUUCUUCUGUUACAGGAUCUGUUUCUUCAAAAACUUUCACGUAAUUUAUUUCAACUUGUGAGUGGUGCUCCAUUUAUAAUCAUUGUUGAAUUCAGUGCUUUCAUUUUGCCCCUUUUUUGUUCUUUAUCCUGUUUUUUUUUCUUUUUCAAAAAGGAUAUUGUUACAUCUGAGAAUCCUAUCACUGUUGCAAAUUAUAAACUGUUAUGUAUUUAUAUUUUGGAAAUUACUGUACAAAAGAAAUUUAUUCCUGUGGAAAAAGAAUUAUCGUGUGUCUAGCUUAGUAGUCUGUGAUAAUCUUGUUAAAAUAAAUAGUUUACUUGAAAUUCUUAAUUGUAAUGUUUCGUGUCCAUUGGCUGAAAAUUGGUGUUAAAGUUAUUAGAAAUACAUAAUCUAUAUAAUUUGGGUAAAAUAUUUUUAAAAAUGAAGUUUACUCAAUGUUUGAAGCAAUUAGUUAUUUUAUCCGGUAUUUUGUAUCAUGUAGUUUUUUCUUUCGAUCUAUUAAUAAUGAAAUUUUAGUGUUUUUUUUUUAAAUCUGUUAUUCAGUAUUAAGUUUUAAUGAGAUUUUCUGAAGUGGUGACUCUAAAAUUUAGUAUUAUGUUAGCAUCUUUUGUGCAUUUUGUUAUUUUUUAAGAAAUGGUUUUCACGUGAUUUGUAAUUUCUCCACUAUUCAGCUAAAACCAAAUGUCAAAAUAUUCUUAUUGAUUGUUGGAAUUUAAUAAAGAUAUCUUUCGAAAGAAUAA